AUGGUCAAGAUUGCGAUUGCUGGCGGCUCUGGCAUCGUUUCUAAUUGGUCUCUACAGGAUGCCCCGGCUGGAGAGGCCACCCCAGACAUUACAUGGAUUAAAACAGACUACAAAGACCCAAAAGAGUUGACUCAGAUACUGCAUGGGGUCCCCACCCUUCUGUCUUUCGCUUCUGAACAGGACGAUCCUUCCAGUCCCGUCCAGAAAAGGCUUAUCGACGCUGCAGUUCAAGCUGGAGUGAAGCGUUUUGCACCCAGCGAAUGGGCCACGUCUGGCCUGGAACAUCUAAGUUGGUACGCCUACAAGGCUGAAACGCGCCGAUAUCUGGAAGAGCUGAACAGGGACAAAAAGGUUUUGGAGUACACUCUAUUUCAACCUGGUCUGUUCGUGAACUAUUUGACAUUUCCUUAUAAGUCGACCAAGCACCUUCACCUAUUUGAACCCCCUUUUGAUUUUGAAAACCGCCGAGCUAUCGUCAUAGAUGGCAGUGAGGACGACCGAAUCACCUUCACUUCAGUGCAUGAUCUCGCCAAUGUAGUAGCCAUGGCCGUUGAUUUCGAUGCUGAGUGGCCGGUUGUCGGAGGUAUCAGAGGCACCGACAUCUCCAUCGGACAGCUUAUAGCCAUCGGCGAGAAAGUCCGCGGAGGCCUCCCCUUUCACCUCGAGGAACUGAAGCCGGAGGACCUUGAAAAUGGGACCUGGCAGACCUCAUGGGUACCGAAAGUCGAUCAUCCCUCAAUCCCGCCUGAGCAGGUUGAAGCGUUUUCGAAGGUCGGUGUUGCUGGAAUUCUAUUGGCUAUUUCUGCAAAGGCCUUUGCCGUUUCAGAUGAGUGGAACAGACUGCUGCCAGAGUACAAGUUCACUCAAACCGAGGACUUUUUGACUGCAGCAUGGAGCUACUUGCUCUGUCUUGUAACUGAAUUGGCGAGCCAAAGGCAACUAGAGUUCUAG